AUGUUCCAGCGGAAAGACGAGGAUAGAACUGCGGUGGAACACAAAAAGAGCAUUGAGAAUAUCAUUUCACUUGAUGCUUCACUAAGACAAGCCAAAGCCUUCGAUAGGUCAGGAUUAAGGCGAGUAGAAGACUCAAAAGGGAAGACAGUGAAGGCAAAGAAGAGAAACGAGAUAAAAAAGAGAGAGAAGAACUUGCUCAGGAUGAAAGCAAUCCGCACUGGACUUGAUCAAAUGGCGUUUGAAAAUAUCUUGAAGGCAGUGAAGGAACCAAUAAUGUCUUGGUUCUUCCAAUAUAAAGGUUCUCUGCCGAAAUAG